GGAGCGCGGGGCUCCGGCGGGCGCUGCGCGGCCCCCCCCCGCCCCGCCGGGCUGGAUAUGUGGAUGCUCACGUGAAGAUGGAUGUGGCCAUCGGGCUGCUGGGGCUGCUGACGGUUCUGCUGGAGGGCAGCUCCGGCCAAGGGGUGUACGCGCCCCCCACAGUGAGGAUCGUGCACUCAGGCCUGGCCUGCAACAUCGAGGAGGAGCGAUACUCGGAGAGGGUCUACACCAUCCGCGAGGGAGAGACCCUGGAGCUCACCUGCCUGGUCACCGGCCACCCCCGCCCACAGAUCAGGUGGACCAAAACAGCGGGAAGUGCCUCUGACAGAUUCCAAGACUCGAGUGUCUUCAACGAGACCCUGCGGAUCUCCAACAUCCAGAGACACCAGGGGGGACGUUACUACUGCAAGGCCGAGAACGGCCUGGGCUCUCCCGCCAUCAAAUCCAUCCGAGUGGACGUGUACUAUUUGGAUGACCCGAUAGUGACAGUCCACCAGAGCAUUGGGGAGGCCAAGGAGCAGUUUUACUAUGAGAAAACCGUGUUCCUCAGGUGUGUGGCCAACUCCAACCCGCCCGUGCGGUACAGCUGGCGCCGCGGGCAGGAGGUGCUGCUGCAGGGCUCCGACAAAGGGGUGGAGAUCUACGAGCCCUUCUUUACCCAGGGAGAAACGAAGAUCCUGAAGCUGAAGAACCUGCGGCCUCAGGACUACGCCAACUACAGCUGCAUCGCCUCGGUGCGCAACGUCUGCAGCAUCCCCGACAAGAUGGUGUCCUUCCGCCUCUCCAACAGGACAGCCCCCCCUUCGAUCAAGCUCCUGGUGGACGACCCCAUCGUGGUGAACCCCGGGGAGGCCAUCACCCUGGUGUGUGUGACCACGGGGGGGGAGCCAGGCCCCAGCCUCACCUGGGUGCGCUCUGGGGGGGCCCUGCCCGAGAAGACGGUGCUGAACGGGGGCACCCUGACCAUCCCCGCCAUCGGCGCCGCCAACGCCGGCACCUACAGCUGCAUCGCCAACAACAACGUCGGCAACCCCGCCAAGAAGUCCACCAACAUCAUCGUGAGAGCCUUAAAAAAAGGACGCUUUUGGAUCACCCCCGACCCCUACCACAAGGACGACAACAUCCAGAUCGGGCGGGAGGUGAAGAUCUCGUGCCAGGUGGAGGCCAUCCCGCCCGAGGAGCUCACCUUCAGCUGGUUCAAGAACGGGCGGCCCCUGAGGAGCUCGGAGAGGAUGGUCAUCACCCAGACCGACCCCGACGUGUCCCCCGGCACCACCAACCUGGACAUCAUCGACCUCAAGUUCACCGACUUCGGCACCUACACGUGCGUGGCGGCGCUCAAGGGGGGCGGCAUCUCGGACAUCAGCAUCGACGUCAACAUCUCCAGCAGCACGGUCCCCCCCAACCUGACCGUCCCCCAGGAGAAGUCCCCGCUGGUGACACGGGAGGGGGACACCAUCGAGCUGCAACAGGGCUGGGUGUUGUUUGAACUCAGCCACGAGCCAGUCCCCCCCAACCUGACCGUCCCCCAGGAGAAGUCCCCGCUGGUGACACGGGAGGGGGACACCAUCGAGCUGCAGUGCCAGGUGACGGGGAAGCCCAAGCCCAUCAUCCUGUG